GCAUGUCUCUGGGGCGGGUGAUAAGGCCCCUCUGAGCGCGCGGCCCGCAGGGUGCAGCCACCCUGCCCCCGCAGAGGCUGCGGUCUUCCCGCGGCUGGCCGCAGCUGUUCCUCCACGCGACCGACUGACCGUCGGCGGGAUCCUGUUUGGGGAUCAGCAUGAUGGGCUUCUGCAAAGCUGAUGCUGCUACCAGCUUUCUGAGGGCAGCACGAUCAGGUAACUUGGACAAAGCUUUGGAUCAUCUGCGGAAUGGGGUGGAUAUUAACACCUGUAACCAGAAUGGGUUGAAUGGCUUGCAUCUGGCCUCUAAAGAAGGUCAUGUGAAAAUGGUGGUUGAACUUCUGCACAAAGAAAUCAUUCUAGAAACGACAACCAAGAAAGGAAACACAGCUCUGCACAUCGCUGCCCUCGCAGGUCAGGAUGAGGUGGUCCGGGAGCUGGUCAACUAUGGCGCCAAUGUCAAUGCUCAGUCACAGAAAGGCUUUACUCCCCUGUACAUGGCAGCACAAGAAAAUCAUUUGGAAGUGGUAAAGUUUUUACUGGAAAAUGGAGCUAAUCAGAAUGUAGCCACAGAAGAUGGCUUCACUCCUCUAGCCGUGGCUCUGCAGCAGGGCCAUGAGAAUGUGGUGGCACACCUCAUCAACUAUGGGACGAAAGGGAAAGUGCGCCUCCCGGCCCUGCACAUCGCAGCCCGCAACGAUGACACACGGACAGCUGCGGUGCUUCUGCAGAAUGACCCCAACCCAGAUGUCCUUUCCAAGACGGGAUUUACCCCCCUCCACAUCGCAGCUCACUACGAGAACCUCAAUGUGGCCCAGUUACUCCUCAACAGGGGAGCCAGUGUCAACUUCACGCCACAGAACGGUAUCACACCACUGCACAUCGCCUCCCGCAGGGGCAACGUGAUCAUGGUGCGACUCCUGCUAGACCGGGGAGCCCAGAUAGAAACAAGGACCAAGGACGAAUUGACACCUCUCCACUGUGCAGCUCGAAAUGGGCACGUGCGAAUCUCAGAGAUCCUGUUGGACCACGGGGCACCCAUCCAAGCCAAAACCAAGAAUGGCUUGUCCCCAAUUCACAUGGCGGCUCAGGGAGACCACCUCGACUGUGUCCGACUUCUAUUGCAAUACAAUGCAGAGAUAGACGACAUCACCCUGGACCACCUGACCCCACUCCAUGUCGCAGCCCACUGUGGCCAUCACAGGGUGGCCAAGGUCCUUUUGGAUAAAGGAGCCAAACCAAACUCCAGAGCCCUGAAUGGCUUUACCCCCUUACACAUCGCCUGCAAGAAGAACCACAUCCGUGUUAUGGAGCUGCUGCUGAAGACAGGAGCCUCCAUUGAUGCGGUCACCGAGUCUGGCCUGACACCUCUCCACGUGGCUUCCUUCAUGGGGCACCUUCCCAUAGUGAAGAACCUCCUGCAGCGAGGGGCAUCACCCAAUGUCUCCAACGUGAAAGUAGAAACUCCAUUGCACAUGGCAGCCAGAGCAGGGCACACAGAAGUGGCCAAAUACCUGCUCCAGAAUAAAGCCAAAGUCAAUGCUAAGGCCAAGGAUGACCAGACCCCACUUCACUGUGCAGCUCGCAUCGGCCACACAAACAUGGUGAAGCUCCUCUUAGAAAAUAAUGCCAACCCCAACCUGGCCACCACUGCCGGGCACACGCCCCUGCACACUGCGGCCCGAGAGGGCCAUGUGGAUACAGCCCUGGCCCUUCUGGAAAAGGAGGCAUCCCAGGCCUGCAUGACCAAGAAAGGAUUUACCCCUCUCCACGUGGCGGCUAAGUACGGGAAGGUGAGGGUGGCAGAGCUGCUGCUGGAAAGAGACGCACACCCCAACGCUGCCGGGAAGAAUGGCUUGACUCCCCUACAUGUGGCCGUUCAUCACAAUAACCUGGAGAUCGUCAAGCUACUGCUGCCCCGGGGUGGCUCCCCACACAGUCCCGCCUGGAAUGGCUACACCCCUUUGCACAUUGCUGCCAAGCAGAACCAGAUGGAGGUGGCCCGCAGUCUGCUGCAGUAUGGGGGGUCUGCGAAUGCAGAGUCGGUGCAAGGUGUGACUCCCCUUCACCUGGCUGCCCAAGAAGGUCACGCAGAGAUGGUUGCUCUGCUCUUCUCGAAACAAGCCAAUGGCAACCUGGGGAACAAGAGUGGACUCACUCCUCUCCAUCUGGUAGCACAAGAAGGCCACGUUCCAGUGGCAGAUGUGCUCAUCAAACACGGUGUCACAGUGGAUGCCACUACCCGGAUGGGUUACACUCCACUGCACGUGGCCAGUCAUUAUGGAAAUAUCAAGCUGGUGAAGUUUCUGCUACAACACCAGGCAGAUGUCAAUGCCAAGACCAAGCUAGGAUACAGCCCCUUGCACCAGGCGGCCCAACAAGGACAUACUGACAUUGUGACUUUGCUACUGAAAAAUGGCGCUUCCCCAAACGAGGUCAGCUCGAAUGGAACCACACCUCUGGCAAUAGCCAAGCGUUUGGGCUACAUUUCCGUAACAGAUGUGCUCAAAGUUGUCACCGACGAAACCAGUGUGGCGUUAGUCAGUGACAAGCACCGCAUGAGUUACCCUGAGACAGUGGAUGAGAUCCUGGAUGUCUCUGAAGAUGAAGGGGAAGAACUUGUUGGCUCCAAGGCUGAGAAGCCGGAUUCCAGGGACUUGGAUGAAGAGAAAGAGCUGUUGGAUUUUGUGCCAAAGUUCGACCAAGUGGUGGAAUCUCCAGCCAUCCCGAGGAUUCCUUGUGUCACACCUGAGACAGUGGUGAUCAGAUCUGAAGAGCCAGAACAGGCAUUUAAAGAAUAUGAUGAAGACUCACUCAUCCCCAGCAGCCCCGCCACAGAGACCUCAGACAACAUCAGCCCUGUGGCCAGCCCCGUCCACACAGGGUUUCUGGUGAGCUUCAUGGUCGAUGCCCGGGGAGGCUCCAUGAGAGGAAGUCGCCACAACGGCCUGAGGGUGGUGAUCCCUCCGCGGACCUGUGCCGCACCCACACGUAUUACCUGUCGCCUGGUCAAGCCCCAGAAGUUGAGCACGCCACCCCCGCUGGGUGAGGAGGAGGGCCUGGCCAGCAGGAUCAUCGCGCUGGGGCCCACAGGGGCCCAGUUCCUGAGCCCUGUGAUUGUGGAGAUCCCCCACUUUGCCUCCCAUGGUCGUGGGGACCGCGAGCUUGUGGUUCUGAGGAGUGAAAAUGGCGCUCUGUGGAAGGAACACAAGAGCCGCUUUGGAGAAAGCUACCUGCAACAGAUCCUCAAUGGGAUGGAUGAAGAGUUGGGGAGCCUAGAGGAGCUGGAGAAGAAGAGGGUCUGCCGCAUCAUCACCACGGACUUCCCCUUGUACUUUGUGAUCAUGACUCGGCUCUGCCAGGACUAUGACACCAUUGGCCCUGAAGGGGGCUCUCUGAAGAGCAAGCUGGUGCCCCUAGUGCAGGCAACGUUCCCAGCAAAUGCUGUCACCAAGAAAGUGAAGCUGGCUCUGCAGGCCCAGCCUGUCCCAGAUGAGCUAGUCACCAAGCUCCUGGGCAACCAGGCCACGUUCAGCCCCAUUGUCACGGUGGAGCCAAGACGCCGCAAGUUCCAUCGUCCCAUUGGGCUUCGGAUCCCACUCCCUCCUUCUUGGACUGACAACCCAAGGGACAGUGGGGAGGGAGACACCACCAGCCUGCGCCUGCUUUGCAGCGUCAUUGGCGGAACUGAACAAGCCCAGUGGGAAGACAUAACGGGAACAACCAAGCUCGUGUAUGCCAACGAGUGUGCCAACUUUACCACCAAUGUCUCUGCCAGGUUUUGGCUGUCGGACUGUCCUCGGACUGCUGAGGCCGUGAACUUUGCCACUCUGUUAUACAAAGAGCUUACCGCAGUGCCCUACAUGGCCAAGUUUGUUAUCUUUGCCAAAAUGAAUGACCCCCGGGAAGGGCGGCUGCGUUGCUACUGCAUGACAGACGACAAAGUGGACAAGACCUUGGAGCAGCAUGAGAACUUUGUGGAGGUGGCCCGGAGCAGGGACAUAGAGGUUUUGGAAGGAAUGCCCCUUUUCGCAGAACUUUCUGGGAACCUGGUACCUGUAAAGAAAGCUGCCCAACAGCGGAGCUUCCACUUCCAGUCAUUUCGGGAGAACCGUUUGGCCAUACCUGUAAAGGUGAGGGACAGCAGUCGAGAACCAGGAGGGUUCUUGUCAUUUCUGCGCAAGGCGAUGAAAUAUGAGGACACCCAGCACAUCCUCUGCCACUUGAACAUCACCAUGCCCCCCUGCACCAAGGGGAGCGGAGCAGAAGAUAGGCGAAGGACCUUGACACCCCUGUCCCUGAGAUACAGCAUUCUCAGUGAAUCAACACCAGGUUUUCUCAGUGGGACAGACCAAGCAGAUAUGAAGAUGGCUAUUAUAUCGGAACACCUCGGCCUCAGCUGGGCAGAGUUGGCCAGAGAGCUACAGUUCAGUGUGGAAGACAUCAACAGGAUCCGUGUAGAAAACCCUAACUCCUUGUUGGAGCAGAGCACAGCCUUGUUGAACCUCUGGAUCGUCCGUGAAGGCGAAAACGCAAAAAUGGAGAAUCUGUACACAGCUUUGCGGAACAUUGACCGCAGUGAGAUAGUGAACAUGUUGGAGGGCUCAGGCAGACAGAGCCGCAAUCUGAAGCCAGACCGCCGGCACGCGGACCGGGACUACUCGUUGUCACCCUCCCAGAUGAAUGGUUACUCCUCGCUGCAGGACGAGCUGCUGUCCCCUGCCUCCCUGCACUACGCGCUCCCCUCUCCGCUGCGUGCAGACCAGUACUGGAACGAGGUGGCCGUCAUAGACGCCAUCCCCUUGGCGGCCACGGAGCAUGACACCAUGUUGGAGAUGUCUGACAUGCAGGUGUGGUCCGCAGGCCUCACACCCUCCCUGGUCACUGCUGAGGACUCCUCUCUGGAGUGCAGCAAGGCCGAGGACUCUGAUGCCACCGGCCACGAGUGGAAGUUGGAGGGGGCGCUCUCAGAGGAACCGCGGGGCCCGGAGCUGGGCUCUCUGGACCUUGUGGAGGACGACACAGUGGAUUCAGAUGCCACAAAUGGCCUUAUCGAUAUUCUUGACCAGGAGGAAGGUCAGAGGUCAGAAGAGAAGCUGCCAGGUUAUAAGAGGCAGGAGGACUCGACAGGUGCAGGGCAGGAUUCAGAGAAUGAAGUGUCUCUUGUUUCAGGCCAGCAGAGGGUGCAAGCCCGAAUCACAGACUCGCCCCAUGUGAGUCAGGUGCUGGAGAGGAGCCAGGACAGACCACACGACUGGGAAAAAGAAGGCUCCAUAGUCACAUACCUGCAAGAUGCUGCCCAAAGCUCCUGGCAAGAGGAAGUCACGCAAGGCCCACACUCAUUCCAGAGAACCAUCACCACUGUCGGAGGGCUGGAGCCCAGCGGGUCUCAGGAGUAUGAACACAUGCGGAUGGAACAGCCAGAGGCGGGGAGCUCCCAGGCAGACAGGGAACAGAGCCAACAGGGCCACACGGAGUGGUCGCAGGCGGCCGGGAGCAUCUUCUCCCAGGUGAUGCAGGGAAAUGAGCUUCAGAAUAUUCCAGGGGAGCAGGUGACAGAGGAACAAUUCACAGAUGAGCAGGGCAACAUUGUCACCAAGAAGAUCGUUCGCAAAGUUGUCCGGCAGAUAGACUCGUCUGGUGCUGAUGACACCCAGGAGCACCAGGAGGUGAUUGUUGAGGGGCCCCUGGAGGACCCUAGUGAGCUGGAAGCCGAUAUUGAGUACUUUAUAAAACAUGCCAAGGAUCACACCUCAACACCCAACCCCUGAACUCCACACACUCUGCCAUGCACACAGGAGGAGAGCUGGACCGGAGGGCUACAGAAGCGCUGCACAUGUUCCUCUAGGCUCACAGCACGAUCUCUGUAAGGGACUUCCUUUAGUCUCCUAUUCGCAUGAACGACUGACUGACUGUAGACGCAUGACCUACAGUCUUCAAUCCUGCCUCCGUCGACUACGGAUCUCUGUUGGGAAUCAGGGCAAAAGCAGCAAGAGGGGAGAGGAGAGAGAGAGGGGACAGAAAACAAGUACAAGAGAGAGCAUAUGGAUGCAAACGUGAAAAAGGGCUCUUUUGUGGCUGGGGAUGGUUUUUGUUUUUGUUUUUUAAAAAAAUUGUUUUGAUUUUGA